CGCCAAUACAAAAUUCAGAGUGAGACCGUGACCACAUCCUGACCCUGUAGCCUGCCCGAUCCGUGGGGCCCAUGUCAGCCAGCCCAGCGCGCAAAGGCGACAGGCUCGAGGCUGAUACAGCAGGGAUCUUGGAGGACAGAAUCGAGGAGAACAAGUACGAUUUUGAGGCAUACCUCUCGCUUGCUCGCUUUCAACGCGAUAAAGCCAAGCUCGACGAAGCGCGAGAGGCGUAUGAGAAGCUUCUAAGAUUACUGCCCGCAUGCGCCAGUGUCUGGAUCGAGUAUGCCGACUUGGAAGCUUCGGCAAGCGAGUUUCAGCGCGUGGAGCAAAUCUUCACAAAGUGUCUACAGAGUGUGCUCAAUGUAGAGCUAUGGAGCUACUAUCUAGCAUACAUUAAGCGUAUGAAUGAUUUAUCCACUGGUGGAGCCCAAGCUCGCGCUACUGUUGCCCAAGCAUAUGAAUUUGUGCUCUCUCAUGUCGGUUUUGAUGUCAAAGCAGGAUCUCUCUGGCUGGACUACAUCCAAUUCAUCAGACGCACUUACCAACGCGCCGUCGUGAUUCCGCUCAAUAGUGUCGAGCAGCUGUGGCGCGAGUAUGAUUCGUUUGAAAAUACCGUCAGCAAGGCAACGGCGCGCAAGUUCUUGAGCGAACGCAGUCCCGCCUACAUGACUGCCCGCGCAUGUGCUCGCGAACUCCUUCAGAUGACGGAACCGCUCCGCCAGGCAACCUUUCCUGCUUUGCCCACCAGGAAUGCAGCCGAGAACAGUUAUGUGACUUCCUGGCGGCGCUGGAUCGGUUGGGAGAAGCAAGACCCGUUGGAGCUUGAUGAUCCUAAACAACUGCAAUCGCGCGUCAAGUAUGCUUACAAGCAGUGUCUCCAAUUUUGUCGCUUCUUCCCCGAGAUGUGGUUUGAUGCAGCAUUCUAUGCUGCUAGCAUUGGGGAGAAUGACCUGGCACUCUACCAAGAAGGUCUUGAGGCGAAUCCAACGAGCUGGCUCUUGGGCUUUGCUUACGCAGAGGCAGAAGAGCUCGCGAAACACGGCGAUGUUGUGAAAGGAACUUUCGACAAGUUGAUUUCCAGUAACAAGGAAGCCAUGUCUGAGCUAGAAAGUCAAAUAGAUGAAGCAGCACAAAGCGCUGGAGCAGAAAAGAAACUCAAAAUUGGCGCUGAAGAUGACGAUGAUUCAGACGAGGACGAAGAGCCAGGCCAGGAUAUGGCGGCACUCGCAAACGUUGAGGAGCUGAGAUCGAGACUCAAAAGGUAUGCUGAGGAGGGCACAACAGCUUACAUCAUGUACAUGCGCGCAAUGCGCAGGCUAGAAGGCAUCAAGGCCGCUCGGGCUAUAUUCGCGAGAGCCAUCAAAGAAUCCAAGCAUACAUGGCACAUAUAUGUGGCAUCUGCGCUCAUGGAACACCACUGUUCGAAGGACUCAAACGUCGCAGUCAAAAUCUUUGGACGCGGCUUGAAGCAUCACAGUGAGAACCCGGACUUUGUCCUUGAGUAUCUCAACUUUCUGAUUGCCAUCAAGGAUGAUACGAAUGCAAGAGCGCUAUUUGAGCAGACUACAGCCAAGCUUGAAGGACAUAAAGCUGUCAAGUUAUUCGAACGCUUCUAUGAGUAUGAGAGCAUGUAUGGCGACUUGAUCACGGCACAAAAGAUGGCCACGCGUAUGAGUGAGAUUGAUCCAUCCGCCAAUGUGCUCACAAGAUUUGGCAAGCGCUUUACGUUCUCAGAUUGUGAUCCAAUUGCUUCUCGAGAUCUUGGUCUGACAAGAUUGCCUGCCGCAACAGGCCCUUUUCCACCACCACCGCCGCCCCUUUCCCUGCCUCCUUUUGCCGGUAUGUCGAUGCUGCACGGGGACGGUAUACAUGCGGCAGUACGUCCCCCACCGGCCCCAGUGCCUCCAGCAGUACUCGACUUGCUCACUCGCUUGCCACCCAGUUCCGCAAUGGAUUCUUCUCGUCAGUUUCACGCCAAAGCUCUGGUGGAUGUGGUUGCAUCGCUCGACCUUGAAGCAUAUCAGGCUAAGCAACAGAAGCAAGCAAAGUCAGCAACGAGCAAUGCGACGAAACGGAAAGCAGCAGCAGCUGCCGUUGUUCCGCCUCCGGAGGAGUUGCGAGCACUGGGGAAACACAAUGAUGCCAAGGAUAUUUAUAAUGCAAAGAGACGAGCUUGAUUACAACAGGGAUAAGGACCCACUCACCUGGUCAAUCAGAGACUUUGGACCUGGUCCGAUUCCCAGCACUGUACUGGAACCUGCUGCGAUCCUAUGGCGUCA